AUGCCACCUCCUCGCCUUCUAUUUUUCCUCCUCUUCCUCACCCCUGGGCGAGUCAGGCCCCAGAAACAAUUGCUGAUGAAGGUUGAAGAGGGAGAAGAUGCUGUGCUGAGCUGCCUCAAGGAGUCCUUAAAUGAGACCGCUGAGUCCCUGAUCUGGUCCCGGGAGUCACAGCCAGCGCCCUUCUUAGAGCUGAACUUUAGAGCAGAGAACAUGGGCAUCUGGGUGGGCCGCCUGGGCAUCCUGAUGCUCCUCUUCAACGUCUCAGAUCAUAUGGGGGGCUUCUACCUGUGCCAGGCCCAGCCCCCCUCUGUGCAGGCCUGGCAGCCCGGCUGGACGGUCAGCGUGGAAGGCAGUGGGGAGAUGUUCAGGUGGAAUGCUUCAGACCUAGAUGGUCAAGACUGUGACCUGGGGCCCACGCCCUCAGAAGGGCCCAGGCCCUCUCCGGGUUCCCCAGUCAGCUCCCAGGUGUACGUAUGGGACACAGAUCACUCUAGGGCCUGGAAGACAGGCUUUGCAUGCCCUCCACCUCAGGGCGGUUCAAACCAGAGUCUCUCCCAAGACCUCACUGUGGCCUCUGGCUCUAUACUCUGGCUACCCUGUGGGAUACCCCCUGCCUCUGUGGCCAGAGGACCCAUCUCCUGGAUCCACGUGCACCCUGAGAAGCCUAACGUCUUAUUGCUGAACUUAGACCUAAAGGAAGAUUCCCCCACCAGAGAGAUGUGGGUGAUGAGGACCCUCUGGGGAGGGACUUCUCUGUUCCUACCCCAGGUCACCAUUCAAGAUGCUGACACCUACCACUGUCGCCAUGGCAACUUGACCGUUGAGAUUCAGCUGGACGUUACUGCCAAGUCAGUGUGGCGUUGGCUGGUAAAAACUGGUGGCUGGAAGAUUCCAGUUGUGACUAUAGUUUAUCUGAUCCUCUGCCUGGGUUCCUUGCUGGGAUUUCUUCGUCUUCAAAGAGCUCUGAUCCUGAGGAGGAAAAGAAAGAGAAUGACUGACCCCAACAGGAGGUUCUUCAAAGUGACACCUCCCCCUGGAAAUGAAGCUCCGAACCACUAUGGAAAUGUGCUGUCUCUCCCCACGUCCAACUCUGGCACUGGUCGUGCCCUGCGGUGGGCUGCUGGCCUGGGGGCCACUGCCAUGCACUACCGAAAGCCGCAAAAUGACUACCCUGACCCCUCCAGGCCAAGCAGCCCACCAGGAGCUGACCUGAAAGAAGAAGAGGGGGAGGCCUACGAGGAGCCCGACAGCGAGGCCUCUGAGUUCUAUGAGAAUGAUGGCAACACCCCAGCCCCUGAGCAGCUCUCCCAGGAUGGCAGCGGCUAUGAGAACCCUGAGGAAGGGACCUUGGGCCCUGAGGACGACUCCUUCUCCAGCGUAUCUGAGUCCUACGAGAAUGAGGAUGAGGAGCAGGCCAGGCCUGUUGCCAGGGCAAUAGACUUCCUGAGCCCCCAGAGGACUGCUUGGGAUCCUAGUCGGGAGGCAACUUCUCUUGGGUCCCAGUCUUAUGAAGAUAUGAGAGGGAUCUUGUAUGCAGCCCCCCAGCUCCGCUCCCUUCAGUCCCAGUCUGGCCCCAGUCACGAGGAAGAUGCCGACUCUUAUGAGAACAUGGAUAACUCCGAGGAGCCGGAACCAGCAUGGGAGGAAAGGGGCCAUGUGGGGACAUGGAGCACCAGGUGA